UAGCAGCCUCACAGAGGGACUUAGAGCAUCUUUGUUGACUGGGAGAAGCAGACCAACACAGCUCAAUUUAGUGAAAAGCGUCUGACAUUAAUUUGCAAAUGUAUGUUACGUUUAUUUAUGCAGAUCAAACAUAUUUUUUGUAGAAAGUUUAAAGAUUAGUUUUGUGGCAACUUUGUACAUUUUUAGAUACUUUAGUAUUUAACAAUGUUUUGGUCCGUCUUCUGCACAAUUUUACUUCUUGCUCCUUUAGUUUGCGAGUCAAGAGCCAAGCGAUAUGUCAUCGGCUGUCCAGAUAAAUGUGACAAAUUUCUAUGUCCCCCGAUCCCUGCGGACUGUAUGGCCGGCGACAUCCUUGACCAAUGCGACUGCUGUCCGGUCUGUGCGCACGGAGAAGGUGAGGUAUGCGGCGGCACGGGGAGACUAGGGGACCCGGAGUGCGGAGAGGGCAUGGACUGCUCGAUAUCGGACGGAAUUGGGGUGUCCGCCACAGUAAGGCGUCGGGGCAAAAACGGUGUAUGCGUCUGCAAAGGUGCGGACCCGGUGUGCGGCAGUGACGGGGUGUCCUAUCGAAACAUCUGCGAACUGAAGAGAUUGAGUAACCGGGCUCUGAAGCUUCAGCAGCCACCGGUCAUCUUCAUACAGAGAGGAACCUGUAGCAAAGGCCAGGAGAAUCCAGACAGUCUGCGCCACAGAUAUAACUUCAUCGCUGAUGUGGUGGAGGAAAUCGCUCCCGCUGUGGUUCAUAUUGAACUGUACCGCAAGAUGGUGUUCUCUAAGCGUGAGGUGGCGGUGGCCAGCGGCUCUGGCUUCGUGGUGUCGGAGGACGGCUUGAUUGUGACCAACGCCCACGUGGUGGCCAAUAAGCACCGGGUGAAGGUGGAGCUGAAGAGUGGCGCCACCUUCGACGCCAAAAUCACAGACGUGGACGAGAAGGCAGACAUUGCCCUCAUCAAGAUCGACACCCCGACGAAACUGCCGGUGCUGCUGCUGGGUCGUUCAGCUGACCUGAGGCCUGGUGAGUUCGUUGUGGCCAUCGGCAGCCCCUUCUCCCUGCAGAACACGGUCACCACAGGUAUCGUCAGCACCACCCAAAGAGGAGGCAAGGAGCUGGGCCUGAGGAACUCUGAUAUGGAAUACAUCCAGACGGACGCUAUCAUCAACGAAGGAAGUGUAGAUCUACCAUCUGAUCAGCCCUUUAACCUGAAUGCUGUUCCUUUUCAGUAUGGGAACUCUGGCGGACCCCUGGUCAAUCUGGACGGAGAGGUGAUUGGGAUCAACACACUGAAGGUGACAGCAGGAAUCUCCUUUGCCAUCCCCUCAGACAAGAUCCGUCAGUUCUUGGCAGAGUCCCACGGCAGACAAUCUAAAGGUAGAUUAUUACCAAAGAAGAAGUACAUCGGUGUGAGGAUGAUGACUCUCACUCCAACGCUUGCAAAGGAGCUGAAGGAGAGAACAUCAGACUUCCCUGAUGUUACCUCAGGGGCAUAUGUCAUCGAGGUCAUCCCAAAAACACCAGCUGAGAUAGGUGGCCUGCAGGAGAGUGACGUCAUAAUCACCAUCAACAGCCAGCGAAUCACCUCGGCCAGUGAUGUCAGCAGCUCUAUCAAGAGGGACAACACGCUGCGAAUGGUGGUCCGGCGGGGGAACGAGGACAUCAUGCUCACCGUCGUCCCCGAGGAUAUUGACCCUUGACCUCUAGGCAACCACGAGCUGGUUCUCAGUGUUUAAAAACCACAGACUUCAACCGGGAUGGUGUGUCUGGAUCCACACCCUACCAUAGAACCUGUAACUACGAGUGCCCCCCCCCCCCCCGAGGCCCACACCGAAACCUCUGGGACCUCAAAUGCAUCCAGGGCAAUACAGACAUAUUUUAGCACCCUGCUACUCUUUUGUAUUAAAAUGUUUUCCUUGUGUAUGAGUCAAAAAGACACUUCGCUCUCAGUGAAACUGAUUAAUGCCAUCACGUUUGUUUUUAUACUCUACUAACGUCCUUGCACAGAGUACCCACCUCAAUCAGAUAGAAAAGUGGGUGUCACAGAUUACCAUAGUUUUGUAGUUGUUUUUGUUACUGUUGAUAUUGUUUUUUUUUAUUGUAUUUCUCUUGAUAUGUUUUGACAAAUUUCACAGAGGGAAUAAAAAUAAAUAAAUAAAUAAAAAAAUAAAAAAA